AUGACAACCGCGCCCAGCCCGCCGCCGCUGAAGUUCACAGGCUCCAAGCACCUGGUCCAGCGUCUGGUGUUGGCAACACUGACAGGCCGGCCGGUGCGCGUAUCCCAGAUCAGAGCCGCCUCGCACACCGCCCCAGGACUCGCCCCUCACGAAGUCUCCUUCCUCCGACUGCUCGACGCAAUCACCAAUGGAUCCGUAAUAGAGUUCUCGUACACAGGCACUACUGUGCUGUACAAGCCGGGCUUGAUCACGGGGAGUGCUGCUGGGCAUGGCGCGUCGGGGGGAGUCAUCCGGCAUGAACUGCCUGCGGAGAACACGCGAGGCGCGAGUUACUUCAUUAUGCCGCUGUGCUUGCUCGCGCCGUUCAGUAAGUCGCAGGUCAAUGUGACGUUUACAGGGCCGGGUGUCAUUACUUCUGCUACGCCGACUGGGGAUGUGUCCGUGGAUACAGUCAGGACGGCGAUACUGCCACUGUUCAAGAGCUUUGGCAUCGAGAGAGAUUUGGAGCUGCGUGUGUUGAGGCGCUCGAAUCCUGGACAGGGUGGGAGAGGUGGAGGCGGCGAGGUACAGCUUGUGUUUGGACAUCAGGUACGGUUACCAAAGACGAUACACAUCUUGAGCGGUGGCAGGAUAAAGAGGAUCAGAGGUGUGGCAUAUGCGACAGGCGUGGCAGGCGCGAACAAUGCAAGAAUGAUAGAAGCGGCGAGAGGAGUGCUGAAUGAAUUCGCACCGGACACAUACGUAUACUCAGACGUCAGCUCUGCACCAUUGGUUGCGGCGCCAGAACGGAACAAUGCCAAUGCAAAGAAGAAGAUUGGACUGGGCUUCGGCUUGAGUCUCGUGGCGGAGUCCAACACAGGCGCGCUCUACUCUGCAGACAUCGCCAGCUCGCCGAGUGGUGGGGACGUGUCGGAGGAUCUAGGAAAGAGGUGUGCAUUCCAGCUGCUGGAUUCAGUGGCGCAGGGUGGGUGUGCUUCGAGUGUCGCUGCGCCUACGAUGUUGACCAUGAUGGCAAUGGGUAGCGAAGAUGUGGGGAGGCUAGCAAUGGGAAAAGAAGUGCUGGGCUCUGAGGAGGUUGUGCAGCUUGCGAGGGAUCUGAGAGCUUUUGGUAUGAGUGGGUGGGGCUUGAAAGAUGGUGAUGAUGAGGGAGAGGCUGUAGUGAGCAUCGUGGGCAAGGGUGUUGGUAACGUGGGGAGAAAGAUUGCUUGA